UUGUUGGUUUGCUGGUUUCAAGUUUUCAUUACUCAAUAUUAUGGCUAGUUUAAGUUUGACUACAAAACCCAAUGCAUUUGCUUUCAGUGGCGCAUUGCGAUUAUUGAUAACAAAGAAGAAGAAGGAUGUUGUACCAGUCUUUUGUUCUUGCAACAAUGGCAAUGACGUGAGAAAUGAAUACAUGCUGGCAACAAAAGGAAGUAAAAGUGAGGUAUCGCAUGUUGUUCCUUCUAAAGGAACAAAUCCUACUUAUCCCACAAAGGAUCUUGACGAAGGAAUCGGCAUCAUUAGAUUCUUGAAAGGAAAGCAUCUUUUCAUCACAGGUGCAACUGGAUUCUUCGCGAAAGUUCUGAUAGAGAAGAUAUUGAGGAUGAUGCCAGACAUUGGCAAGAUUUAUGUGCUCAUCAAAGCUAAGAACAAGGAUGCUGCAAUGAGCAGGCUAAAGAGUGAAAUAAUAAAUUGCGAAGUCUUUAGCUCUUUGAGGGAAAUCCAUGGAAAGGAUUAUGAGGACUUCAUGAUAAGGAAGCUUAUGCCAGUGGUAGGGAAUGUGAUGGAAGCUCGACUAGGAAUGCAAGGUGGAUUAGCAGAUGAGAUUUCUGAAGAAGUGGAUGUUAUUGUAAACUCAGCAGCAAACACCACGUUUGAUGAGAGAUAUGACGCGGCACUGGACAUAAACACCAUGGGCCCUUUUAGGCUGAUGAGUUUCGCGAGGAGAUGCAAGAAACUAAAACUCUUUGUUCACGUAUCAACCGCAUAUGUGAAUGGGCAAAGGCAAGGCAGGGUAUUGGAAGAGCCUCUCUCAAUUGGAGACACCAUUGUCCCAGAGACUAUUGUUUCUUCCGAUGUUUCAGAAAAAUCCAUCCCAUUUUUGGACAUCGGAACUGAAAUGAAGUUGGCUUUUUCUUCAGCUGGUCGCACUACUUCUGGUGCAUCUUCGACUCAGGAUAUGAAAGAUCUUGGUCUAACAAGGGCAAACACGCAUGGAUGGGCAGACGCCUACACGUUCACGAAGGCUAUGGGAGAAAUGGUGAUAAAUAGCAUGAGAGGAGAUAUUCCCAUCGUUAUAGUAAGGCCUAGUAUUAUUGAAAGCACCUUUAAAGAGCCUUUCCCUGGAUGGAUUGAAGGGAGUAGGAUGAUGGAUCCACUCGUUCUCUACUAUGGUAAAGGGAAGAUAGCCGGCUUUGUUGGUGAUCCUAAUGGUGUUCUCGAUGUUGUUCCUGUUGACAUGGUGGUGAAUGCAACGUUGGCUGCCCUUGCAAAGCACGGGCAGCGCAUGGAGAAUGGGAUGCAAAUAUACCACGUUGGUUCAUCCGUUGCGCACCCAUUACUCAUCAAAGACCUUGUAUCGUCUUUUUAUGAGCACUUCGAAGCUACUCCUUGUUUCGAUUCCAAUGGGAAGCCUAUUGUAGUCUCACCAUUUAAGCUGUUCAUCGACAAAGCUGAUUUCUCGACCAACAACUUGAAUGAUAUUGUCGGAAGCGGUAAAAGUGGAGUUGAUGGGGUUUCAGAAAAGCAUUCUCAGAGAACGAAGAGUGUGCUCGUGAAAUAUGUGGAGCAACUCAAAUAUUUAGCAACUCUAUAUGAGCCUUACACUUUCUGUGCUGUAAGGUUCGAUGACACAAAUACUCGAAAGCUGAUGCAGGAGAUGUCCAAAGAGGAGAUGCGGAGCUUUGAUUUUGAUGUGCGAGGCAUUGCCUGGGAUGAUUACAUUGCCAAUGUCCAUAUCCCGGGAUUGAGGAAGUAUGUCAUGAAGGAAAGAGGCGUAAAUGUUGUUUCUGAUGCAGAAAAAUAAUUGCUCUGGUGUUGGUGUUCCACUGUUUUCAUUUCCUUUGUAUUAAAUAAAAAAUAUAUAUAUGAAUAAAAAUACGA